UUUCGUCUUCGUUCAAUCAUAAAUCAAUCAUGAAGGUCCUCAUAGUUUUGUGUGCUCUUGCCAUCAGUGCUGCUUAUGCCGGUAAUUUCAAUAGUUUACAGAAAUUGCUUGUUCCCCAGGAACGUGUUAUCAAGGGUCACGAUGCUGAACCCCACUCUGCUCCCUACAUAAUCUCGCUGACUUUAAACACUACCAGUGCCCACAAUUGUGGUGGCACUAUUAUCAAUAAGGAGUGGAUUGUUACUGCUGCUCAUUGUAUUACCGUAAAUCCAGUGGGUAUGGGUGUAGUAGCUGGUCUUCAUGUACGCGGUGAAUUGAAUGAAGCCACACAACAAAGAGUGAUUGAUUUUGGCAGAGUACAUGAAUCGUAUGGCGGCAGUGUGGGACCUUAUGAUAUUGCCCUACUCCAUGUCUCUAAAGCAUUCGAUUUCAAUGAAUAUGUUCAACCCGCCACAUUGCCAGCCCGCGAAGAAAUUCCAGAAGGCAAUGCUACUCUAUAUGGUUGGGGUCAAUUGAAGGCAUUCAAUUUUGCUUCCGCCAAAACAUUACAAACUGUGAACACUCAAAUCAUUGACUGGGCUUCGUGCAAAGAACUUAUGGGCAAUAACAUGGCCGAUACCAACAUCUGUUCAGAUUCCUUCAACGCUGGCAUUUCUGCUUGUAAUGGAGAUUCCGGUGGUCCUUUGGUGAUUGAAACUGAAAAUGCUCCUGCCGAGUUAGUGGGUGUUGUGUCAUGGGGUUCCAUUCCAUGUGGUGUGUUUAACAAACCCUCCGUAUAUACCCGUGUUUCGGCAUAUGUCGACUGGGUUGCUAAAAUCAUGCACGCUUAUUAUGUUCUCCAUUAAUGAAAAAUUUUGACA